UUUACUGUAUUUUUCAACCAAGUCAUGCUUCUUUACCUGCAGCAGUCAGAACUCGGAGCACCAACCGUGAGACGCWCCGUCCUCUCAGCGUCCAAUCAGCUGCGGCUCCGCGCAGCCGCGCUCCUGUCAUUGGGCGGAGGUGGUUUAGGACAACGCAGCGGUCCUGUUGGCAUAUCGUAAACUCGCGCUCCUCUCCGCACGCACAGUGGAACAAGUCGCGCCGGAACCGAGCGGAUCGGAAGCGAGAGAAACACCAGAGACUUUAUGAGUUUAGUUGGUACGAUUGAAAAAACAAAAAAAGAGAGACAAGCAUCAGAAGUCUCAGCACUCCUCACUCUGGCACCGAUCAAAGGUCUUUUUUUUCCCCAUCUCCUGAGUGGAUUACGCACAGCGGGGUUUUCGGGACACAGAGAAAAAAGUUCUGAAACUGUCCUUUUACGCACAGGAAUGCGUAAAGAAGUCUWUUACACACUUUGUUGACUUUAACUUGUCACGUUUAGCUCAUGGAGUAACCUGGCACUUUUUUAAUUGGAAGAAAAUCCUGAAUYAGAGUAAAAUAAUUUAUGGAUUAGAGCAAAAGUGAACUUCAGCACCAGAGGAGAGACAUCUACCUGAAGAUUUAUGCCUUGGGGGAUGGCAGCGGCCACCUCAGGUCCAUACCUCGCCAGCAGCCGGAUCCUGUCCGCUCAGUUCGUUCACUCUGACCGGAGGGGAGCUGCUGGCAUGCAGYCGGGUGGCGCCGCCGUCACCGCGGUGUCAGGGGGUUACAGGGGCGACCCUCCCAUUAAGAUGGUGCAGAGCGACUUCAUGCACUCAGCCAUGGUGGCGAGCAACGGCGGACACAUGCUGAGCCACCAGUGGGUGACGUCGCUGCCUCACGCUGCGGCCGCGGCUGCUGCGGCCGCGGCGGCUGCAGCAGAAGCCGGGUCCCCGUGGCCCCCCAGCGGCUCCCAGCCGCAGGAGGUGAAAAGAAACACGGGCAGGGAGGACCUCCACUCCGGUUCAGCUCUUCACCACAGGUCCCCACAUCUGGGAGCGCAUCAGACGCACGCAGGAAGUUGGGGAGGCACCUCGGCGGCGCACAUCAGCAUCACUGAGGGAGGGCAGCAGCAGCAACAGCAGCAGCAACAGCAGCAGCAGCAGCAAUCCCUGGUUUAUUCCCAAACUGGAGGAUUUACAGUGAACGGCAUGUUGAGCUCACACACCGGACAGAGCCUCAUGCACUCUGGGCUGGUGCGCGGGGAGUCCCCUGAGCUGGACCACCAUCAUCAUCACCACCAACACCACAGUCACCACGCGCACCAUCACCAGCAUCACGGAGUGGGCCACGACUCUCAGUCAGACGAGGACACCCCCACGUCUGAUGACCUGGAGCAUUUCGCCAAACAGUUCAAACAGCGGCGGAUCAAGCUCGGGUUUACGCAGGCCGACGUGGGUUUGGCCCUGGGGACCCUGUACGGCAACGUCUUCUCCCAGACCACCAUCUGCCGGUUCGAGGCUCUGCAGCUGAGCUUCAAGAACAUGUGCAAGCUGAAACCUCUGCUCAACAAAUGGCUGGAGGAGGCCGACUCCACCACCGGGAGCCCGACCAGCAUCGAUAAGAUAGCCACGCAGGGGAGGAAGAGGAAGAAGCGCACGUCCAUCGARGUGAGCGUGAAGGGCGCACUGGAGAGCCACUUCCUCAAGUGUCCCAAACCGUCCGCGCAGGAGAUCAACUCCCUGGCGGACACCCUGCAGCUGGAGAAGGAGGUGGUCCGGGUCUGGUUCUGUAACCGCAGACAGAAGGAGAAGCGCAUGACGCCGCCAGGGCUGCCGCGCACCCCGGAGGACGCGUACUCACAGGUGGGAAGCAUGGGACCGGACACACCRUCCCCCUCCAUAGAGUGUAAGAGGAUGUACAACGACACGUGAAAACAGAACAAAUAAUGGUGGCAAGAAAAAAACUUUUUUCUAAUGUUUUUCUGACUGAUGAGAAUCCCUGGUGUUAUUUUUAUACGAUCCAUCCAUUGAUGAAUGGGACAAUCUGGGACACUUUUGCACCUUUAGGCAUCUUUGUGUGUUUAUCUUGAGUAUAACACAUCCUCUGGAAAAGUCUGAGUCAGCUGAUGUCUAAAAAAAAAGGAAAAUCUUAYAAGACAAUGUUUGUUCAUUAAAAAUUCACAUAUUCUGAGACAAAAAUUAAAUAUUUUAGAAGCUAUACGCCCAGAUUUUCAGCAAAAGUUUUCUURUCUCUGGGCUAGAAAUAAUGGUUCCUCUGUAAUGCUGCAGAAUUUAAUAUUUCUUCUGUCUGUUUUUCAUCCUUAGCAAUAAUUUAUGCAUUCCCCUUCCAAAGUGUUCCUCAUAUUUUGUGUUGUGUAUCAGUGGACUCAUGUUGUAACACAAAUAAUGGUUAAGAAGYGAUUUACAAAUAUUCCAACAUUGUAUUUCCCUCCUUUAAAAAAAUWAUCAGCACACUUUUCCUCAAGUUCAUGUAAAAGUCUGUUUUUAUUCUUGUGUAACAAGUUAUUUAUUAUUAUUUUUCUCUGUUUUUUUCAUGGAAAGGGAU